GGAAGAGAUGGAUUCUGGCAACAGUGGGAGUUUACAGUCAUCGAGUGGUGGUGAUGAGGAGUACGAUUCACGCGCCGACUCCAUAUCAGCCUUCACGAACCCAAAAGGCCAUGUUGGUCCCAUGUCAAACCACCCACCACCACCACUACACAACCACCCUACUUCCUUUAUGUUUGACCCACCACCAAACUAUUUCGAACCCAUGCCACCACCACCACAAGCACCAUCAAACCCAAACUCAGUUCUCAAUCUAGACAUGGUCUGGUCCAAAACCCUAAGAUCUGAGCCAAAUUGCUCUGAAAUCAUCAACCCCAUCAUGCCCUCCUCAUCUUCUCUCCAACCCUUUUUUCUCUCUCAUCAAGAUCAGUAUCAUGGCCCUUUCACCACCCAAUCACCUCCAGUUCCAUUUCUUCCUCCUGUACCAGAAACUACUACAACAUCUGAUCAAAAUCAAGUUGUACGAAACCCUAAGAAACGAUCAAGGGCUUCAAGGCGCACACCAACUACUGUGUUGACCACGGACACCACCAAUUUCAGAGCCAUGGUUCAGGAGUUCACUGGCAUCCCAGCACCACCAUUCACAUCCUCCUCAUCCUUCCCUAGAAGCAGACUUGAUCUUUUUGGUACACCCUCCACCAUAAGAUCCCAACUCUUAGACCCUUCACAACGAGCCUUAGAUCUCCUUAGACCUUUUGCUCACAAAGUUCAACCAUAUCCACCAUUUUUCUCUUCUUCUCUGUUUAAUUCUUCUAACAACAUCACUUCUUCUGGUUCUACACGUAGUGCUUCUAAUUCAACUUCAAUUAACAUGCAAAACCCAUUUCUCACAUUUCAGUCUCUCCUUCAACCUCCUGAUCCUAAAUACCCACUUGCAAAUUCAGGCUCAACAACCGAUGGGUCAUUUGAAAUCCAUACAAUUGAUUCAAAUCUCAAAAUGGGUGUUUUUGAAGAGCAUGGCUUGAGCCAUAGGCAAGUCCUGGUCUCUCCUGCUCCAAGUUGGGGCGACGGAGUACUUGGUUCAAAUGUUGCUGAUCAUCAAAGUCAUCAUCAGAGCUUUGUCAAUGGCAGUUUCAGCUCUUUGCGCAAUGUUAAAAAUGGGAAGCCAAAUAAUUCGGUUUCUUCUUCAUCAAAUCGUAAUCCAGUUUCAGAGAAUGUUUCUACAAGAUCAGGUGAAGUUAUGGUGGAACCAUGGAUAAGUUCUUCGGAUUAGUCGUAUUUUUAAUAUGAUUAUAUCGUAGAAUCUUUGAAAGCAAUGAUGGUGAUUAUCAUAAAACUUUGGAAAAGAAAGGUUAAUUAGUGUGGUCUUCAUGAUCUUAGCCAUGACUUU